GAUCUAGGAAAUAAAUUGAAGGUGGCCGGGCAUCAUAACUCCAUCUGGCUGAGCUUUCAGACUGCAGCGAAAGUCUUCUUCCACAGCCAGAAUGAGUAACCGUGUCUUCCUCAUGCUUUCUGUUUUGCUGAUUGCCUGCCACAUCACUGGUGCAACUAUCUUCGACCCGCUGAAUUUAAGCUGCAAGUGUGCCAGAGUAACGAGCAACUUCAUUCGCCCCGCCAAAUAUGCAAGAGUCGAGAUCAUUCCAGCUGGGAUUGCCUGCAAAAAAAUGGAAAUCAUAAUCACACUAAAGAACAAGCACAAAGUCUGCCUUGAUCCCAAAGCCAGAUGGGUGAACAAUUUAUUGAAGAUGAUGGAAAAUGCGAAUGGAGUACAACUUUCCCCUUGAAAUGAAGUUGGAAGGGUCCUGGAAGAGGCGAGGCCGGCGUGCCCCGUAGAUCCCCAAAUGUGAAGCUUCUUGCUUUCUGCUUUGUGAUGGCAAUUGUGUUUAAUUCUUCCUGAAAUGAUUGUUUAAGAGUGUUUGGACUUUUUGGAAAUCCAGAACCAAUGUGAAGAUGGAAGCUGAAUCCUGGACAGGAGUGAUGUAUGAGAAUUACGAAGUUUGUAUUUCUGUGCGAGUAGAUAAAUAAUAAUAAAAAAGACAAGCUAAA